CACUCUAUCAAAAUCCCUAAAGCUAUCUCUCUCUCUCCUCAUUCAUGGCCACCUCUUCAGCAGGAAGCUUAGAAAACUCUUCUACCUCAUCUUUUUCUUUCAUGUAUUCUCCGACAACAACCUCGUCUUUCUCCGACCUCCUCUCCGUCGACCUAUACCCACCUGUAACCGCCGCCGAUUCACUCCACGGCGGCGGCCUCUCCGAUCGAAUCUCUCACCGGCGAGGUUUCGGUAUGCCUAAAUUCAAGUCUAUUCAACCUCUCCAUCUCCCUCUAUCUCCUUCUUCCUUCUUCUCCAUCCCUGCCGGACUCACCGCCGCCGAUCUGCUUGAAUCGCCUGUUCUUCUUCUUCAGACUGAUUCCAACGUUUUACCAUCUCCUACUACAGGGACUUUUCCCAUUCAUUCCGAUGAUAAUCAACGAUUUGGGAUCAAGCAAGAAUAUGGGAAUUUCUCUUUUCAGACUCAUCCCACUUCAGUAGUAUGUGAUCUUCAGCAGGAACAGGAACAGGGGAAACAGAGCAAUUCCGAUCAUAGGAAUCUGAAAUCAAACAGGAAAUCAGAGGAUGGGUACAACUGGAGAAAAUACGGGCAGAAGCAAGUGAAAGCUAGUGAAAAUCCCAGAAGCUAUUACAAGUGCACAUACCCAAAUUGCCCAACUAAGAAGAAAGUUGAGAAAUCUAUUGAAGGGGUUAUUACAGAGAUUGUUUACAAAGGAACUCAUAAUCAUCCAAAGCCUCAUAACACCCGUAAAUCAUCUUCAUCAUCUUCAUCGUACUCUCUUUCAUAUAAUCCACCGGUCAUUAAUGAAGUCUCCGAACAGUCGUACGUCACCUCCCUAGGUGGUAACGGACAAAUGGAAUCUGUUGGGACGCCGGAAAACUCGUCGGUUUCGGUUGGGAAUGAUGAUUUUGAAAACCAGAGUUGUCAAGGGAGGAGUAGAUCGGUUGUGGACGAAGAAGAGCCCGAUGCGAAGAGAUGGAAAAUGGAGGGAGAAAAUGAAGGCGGCGCCGCCGGAAACAGAGCCGUGAGAGAACCAAGAGUGGUGGUUCAGACAACCAGUGAUAUUGAUAUCCUUGUUGAUGGUUAUAGAUGGAGAAAAUAUGGCCAGAAGGUUGUUAAAGGAAACCCAAAUCCAAGGAGUUACUAUAAGUGUACAAGCACAAAUUGUAAGGUAAGGAAACAUGUGGAGAGGGCGUCUCAUAAUCAUAGAGAAGUUAUCACAACCUACGAAGGUAAACACAAUCACGAUGUCCCGGCCGAAAGGGGACGUGGCAGCCAUAUGAUCAACAUGCCCUUACAAACCAGCCAACCAAAUCCUUCUUCCAAUCUCAUCAUGGACAUUACUAGGCCUUCACCAAUGCAAAAUCCCAUAAGGAACUCGAGGCUCGAAAUGUUGGAGGGACCCUUAGGAGGGUUCGGUUACAGGUCUUUGUCAUCCGACAACAACAAUGUUUUCACAGUGGCUAAGGAUGAGACAAGAGACGACAUGUUUUUUGAGUCACUUCUCUGCUGAAGGGAUUGAAAUACUUUUAAAAGGUUACUUAUAGUUAUAUAUAUGCAUGCAUGUUCUUUUGAUUAAUAAAGUUGUUUUAUUUGUUCAUUUAGAUCACUUCAUUAUACCACACAAAUAUGUUUCCUUUUGUAUUUAUUUUUUUGAGGCUCGACCUUCAUCAGGGUGGCCUCUGGAUAUAACCCGUAGAUAUGUGAUUUGUUUCUUAUGGGAUUUUUUUGUUGUUUUUCCCUUUUUAGGGUUUUUACCAAAAGAUUAUGUAUUAUAACUUUAUAUAAUGGAUUGGGUCUUGUCUAUUUU